AUGUCGUCCUCUCCCGCAACGACCAUGUACGUGACCACGCCCAUGGAAGAACGCUACAAGCCCUUGUAUGACGAGGGAAUCCGGAUCGCAAAGCAGCUGAAACUGCUGGUGAGCAACAACUCCUUCCCGUGCUCGAGCAUUUUGUAUCUCAGCCGACUCAAUGACUCGCUGCGCACGAUUCAGACGGAGUCGAGUCUCAUCAAUACGGACGAUUUCAAAGCGACGAUCAUUGAAAUCGGAGGCAUUGUACUCAAGUAUCUCGAGACCUGCGCGCGCGCGAUUCUGAAGGAGGUGGACAACAACAAACCGAAGCGCAAAUGGCUGCUGUCGGACAAACAGAAGGCGCAGCUGGAGCGUUCGGAGAUCAUCGACAAGGAGCUGAACGCGAUGCUGAUUCUUCCGCCGGAAUGCUGGGCGGAGAAGAACACGCACCUCAUGAAGGCCUUGGAGUAUCUGCAGCUGAGCGAUAACACCACAUUCAUUAUCGAUUUCGACGGAAUCAGCAAGCUUGUGAUGGAGUCGCUCAACCAGAUUAGCAGCUAUGUCGUCAACAACGAGCACAACGUGGUUCGCUUCGAUUCCGCCGUGCUGUUCGUUGUGAAGCAAGAGAAGGACUAUGAGGUGCACUACUUGAAGAACGAGUCGCACAACUACUGGAGAAAGCACCAGAUCACCGUGAAGCGCUGGUCCGAGAUGGUGGAGUCAUUGGUGCACGAGCGAGGACCGUGGGGCGAACUGUCCAGCCACGAGGGCAUUCUGACGCUGACCUCGCGCUGCAACAGCUACGGAAUGCAUCAGAUCCUGAUCUCCGAUCCGAACGGCACCACGCAUCCCGAUGCUUCGGUGUGGAACGACGUGGACGAGCAGGGAGAAGCCGAAGUCAAGGACACGCAGGGAAAGAUCGCCUCGCUGAUGCGAUCGUCGGUCGAGGAAGAUCUCAACGAGGAUCAGCACAAAGAUCUGGAUCAGGAGCUGCUCGGACUGCAGAAGAAGACGAUUUUGUUCACAGCGGAAUGCCAGAUGAUCACGCCGAUGUUGGCAACGCGCGGCAAGAUCGAGUUGACGCAGCACAUGCUUCUGUUCACCGUGAAUCCCGACUUUGAGCGAGAGUUCAACGAGCAAGUCGAGAAGCAGGCCGCGUACCUGAACAGCAACAAGCGGAUUGAAGGCAUCAACAAGUUCACGAUGCUGAAGCUCCCCGAGAACAAGAUUUGGAGACUCACCGAGCUGACGCACGAGGAAUUCCGUCUCUAUCUCUUCCGCAACACUGCCGUGGAGCUUUUCUUCCAAGACUCCACAUCCGCCUUCUUCUCCUUCCUCAACUCGGGCGUUCGCGACCACUUCCACGCCGCUCUUCGCCAGCUGCCCACGCCCAACCUCACCGAAUUCCUCGGUGCCACGCCCGCCGAGCGCUGCAUGAAGGACGACUGCACGCGCCGCUGGCUGAACCGCGAGAUCUCCACGUUCGAGUACUUGAUGCGUCUGAACCGUCUGGCGGGCCGCACGUACAACGAUCUCUCCCAGUACUACGUGUUCCCGUGGGUGAUCGCGGACUACUCGAGCCCGACGAUCGAUCUGCGAAACCCGAAGAUCUACCGCGACUUCAGCUACCCGAUGGGCGCGCAGCUGGAGAGUCGGCGCGAGGCGCUGCAGGACAAAUUCCAGGUCAUGAAGGAGAACUUCCAGCUCCGCUCGGAGGACAUGGAGGACCGUCUGGGCAUUCUCUGCCCGCCGCCGCGCUUCUUCUCGACGCACUACUCGAACAGCGCGAACGUGCUGUGGUAUCUGAUCCGUCUGGAGCCCUACACGUCCCUGCACAUCUUCCUGCAGGACGGAAAGUUCGACCGUCCCGACCGCCAGUUCUGGAGCAUGCGGAACACGUACAACGGCUGCACGACGAACGACGGCGACGUGAAGGAGCUCAUCCCCGAGUUCUUCUACCUCCCCCAGUUCCUGAAGAACUCCAACAAGAUCAAUCUGGGAACGCGCCAGGACGCGGAGGCCCCGAUCCAGGACGUGCAGCUGCCGCCCUGGGCGAAGUCCGCGGAGGAGUUCGUCCGAAUCAACCGCGAGGCGCUGGAGAGCGAGUUCGUCUCCAUGAAUCUCCACAAGUGGAUCGACCUCGUCUUCGGGUUCAAGCAGCGCGGCCCCGACGCCGAGGCCUGCUUCAACGUGUUCUCCCACGUGACCUACUACGGCUCGCUCGACAUGGAGUCGCUCUACCGCAACUUCCCCGCGGAUUGGCAGCAAGCCGCCGACAUGCUCGAGAACUUCGGCCAGACCCCCAUGCAGCUGUUCACCGCUCCCCACAAGAUGCGUCGUCCGCUCGCCCCGCAGCCUCCGCUGCCGCUCCUCUCCUACCGGAACUGGUUCACGGCGACGGGCUGCCGGUCGAUCGGCGCGAUGACCUGCGUGGGCGAGAGCAAGUUCCCCGAGCAGGUUCUCGCGCUCUACAAGACCAACAUCCGUCUCAGCUCGCCCGUGAUGGCCGUGGGCGCGGCGCGGUCCACCACCGCCGUCUUCGCGUUCGGGCAGGAUCGCUCGCUCGCGGUGAACCCCGUGAAAAGCACCAACGGGCGCAGCACGCCGUUCGACAUCGGCGUGGACCCGCGACUGCGCAACAACGCGUGCCCCGUGGUGAUGGAGCCGUUCAGCCCGCUGGUCGAGGUGGACCGGGCCAAUCUGCAGAGCGAUCAGCUGGUCGCCAUGGCGCACAGCGGGCUGUUCAUGUGCGUGGCGGGCGGUUGGGACGGCUCGCUGAAGAUCGUGAACAUGCAGACCGGCGCGGUGGAGCUGAGCGUGGGCAAGGGCGAGGAAGUGAUCACGUGCGUGGAUCUGUCGCUGGACGACUCGAUGAUCGUCGUGGGCUCGCAGGACAACAGCGUCUCGCUCUACAAUCUGCAGUACACGCCGGGAGCCCCGCAGAUCUCGGGGCGACGCACGCUGUACGGGCACGACGGCGCGGUCACGUGCGUGUCGAUCAACAAGGAAAUGGAUUUGGUGUGCUCGGGCAGCCAGGACGGCACGAUCAUCUUGUACUCUCUCUCCGAUACGUCGUAUCUGCGCACGAUCUACGACGCCAACUACGACAAGAAGCUGCCGUCGAUGCCUGCGAUCAGCUGGUGCGGCGUGACGAACGAGGGCAACAUCGUGUGGUACUCGCAGGCCGACUUCAAGUUCCAUCUGUACUCGUCGAUGGGCCAGAAGCUGCUGGAGAAGGAGAUGAACUCGCAGCUGAACUCGAUCGUGUUCAGCAACGACCGGCAGUACGUGAUUGCGGGCGGAGAUAAGAUCCUCCUGUUCAUGAUGCGCAUCUACGACUUCGCGGUGGUCUCUCCGUCGAUCGAGGAGCAUUUCGGAGGCGAGGGCAAGCCGGCGUCGUUCACGCAGGUGCCCAAUCUUCGCAUUGCGGUUCGCUCGGUGCAGCCAUCUGCGGACGGACAGUACAUUUUCCUGGGUCUGGAGAACGGAGAAGUCUGUGUCGUCGCGGUGAAGAUGUGA